ACCACCACUACUAUAAACUACCUUAGUUUUCUACUUCUCUCUCCAUCUUUCAUUCCUCUUCAUUCACUCUAACAACUUCCAUAUUCCUUAUUUUUCUUGUAUUCUUCUAUCCUAUAAUACUCUAUUAAUAUGAUAAAUUCACAACAUUCAACCUAUCCUAUAGAAUCUAACAUGUAUUUCAUAACCAACAAAAACUUGAUACAUCAUGUUUCAAACCCACCAUUAUUUUUGCCCAAAGCUUUUCCACCAAUCCAACAUAAUAAUCCAAAUUCCGUUACAAAUUUUCCGAUGGUAGCAAUCGUUAUGAUAGGAAUGAUGGCCACAUCUCUCUUGUUUAUGGCCUACUAUACUCUUGUUAUCAAAUGUUGUCUCGAUUGGAAUAGUCUUGAUCUUGUGAGAGUAAGAGGUUUUUCAUUUUCAAGACAAAAUGAUCAAAAUCAAUCUUCAUCGUAUUCAAUGACAUCGGAGCCAAGAGGGUUAGAACAAGUAGUGAUUAAUUCGAUUCCGAUUAUUCGCUACAAAGAAGAAAAGGAAUAUGGUGAUGAUGAAAGAGUUUCUUGUGAAUGUGCUUUUUGUUUGAAUGAGUUUGAACAUGAUGAGAAACUUAGAGCUAUACCUAAUUGUAACCAUUUAUUUCAUAUUGAUUGUGUUGAUGUUUGGCUUCAAAGCAAUGCAAAUUGUCCACUUUGUAGAAGAAGAGUUUCUUUGACAAGAGAAAUCCAUGUUGAAAACGUUGAAAACAUCAUUGGUGAUUGUGAAGAAUUUGUUGUGAUUGAUUUGGAUCAAGAUCAUGAAGAUCAUGAUGAUAAUGAAGGACAAAACUUGCAUGGAAGAAGACAUGAAAGAGGUAAAGAAUUGGUGGUGUCUCCAAGAGAUUUAAUUAGUUCUAAUUCACACAAGAAGGCUAAUAAACUUCAAAAAGUGAGUAGUAUGAAGGAUGAGGGUAUAAUUGGUAUUAAAGACAAAGAUGAUGGUUUUCUAGUCCAACCAAUUAGAAGGUCUUUUUCAAUGGACUUAUCCAUUGAAGUUUGUGGUGAUAGUAGAGAUAGAGCUAAGAGAUCAAGAGGUGUUGUCUUACCUAUUCAUUUGGAUCCUUGAAAGUUUCUUUAAUUGAAAUUAUAAGGGAAAUAUUAGCUCAAUACAAUUUUCUCGAGAAACCUUCUCUCACUAAGGUAGUUAAUAAUUUUUCUCAAAUGAAAUUUGUCUUCAUAAAAUGUGUGAAAGGAAGUCAAUGAGGCAUAUGCUUUAACAUUAAAAUAAAAGAUAAUGGAAAGAAAAACAUACUAGAAACAUUGUCUUUCCGGUUUCCACUACCUCUUUUGAAUGUUAAUAUUAAUAUAGUACAUGUGUAUCACAAUUCUUUUAA